AUGGAUAAAGUUAAGGGAGAGUUGAUGUUGGCUGUUGGGAUGGGUACACAGGCGGAUCAUUUUAUAGUUGCAACUUGUGAGAAUAUGAUCAAUGGAAUAGGUAUGAGGCCUGGAGACAUUCUCACGGCUUCAAAUGGAAAGACUAUUGAGGUUAACAACAAUAGUUCAAUUGGUUCAGGUGUUGAUGGGUAUGACGAAAUUUGUCUCAGAAUCAAACUUCUCCUUCUUGCACUUACAUGCAUUGCUGCAAUUCCUAAACUUGGCACAACAAAAGUUUCUUGCUCACAGUUAUUUUCCAUGAGAACUGAGAACGGAGAAUUUCUUGUACAUUUUGGUCCCCGAGCUGCAACUUUUAGAGAAAAAGAUGAGUGGGGUUUAGAAGAGGUUGUUUUCUGGGUAAAUUUGGCUCAGAGGCAGUUGCAGCAAGCUAUUGAUAACUAG